CAUUGCUAUAUAAAAGCUUUUCAGUUUCAAAAAUCUCUUCAUCCCUUCAAAUUAGCAAAAAUGGCGGGAAUUGAUCCACCGAAAAAUCUUCUCUCUCUAAUCCGAGAUUUCGCUUCUGAGAAAUCUCAAGGAGAGAGAAGAGUCGUUGGCUUGAAGAAGCAAAUCCAAGAGCUCCGAUCAGAGCUUGAAGCAGCUAACUCUGAGCUUGAAGAAGCGAAACGUUUGAAAGAAACAACUGAGCAAGAGCUUAAAGGCUUCGAAGUUGAAUUAGCUUUGAACGAAGCUUCGAUUCAAGCCCUAGAGGCCAGGAUUGCUUUGAUUCAAGAUGAAGUAUCCAAAGUUGGAUCUGAAAUUGAGGAGCUUAAGAAUAAAGAAGCAACAUCAAGAGAUGAGUUUAUUUGCCAGAUGCUUGAGUUCAAUACUAAGAUAAGGAAAUUCCAAGAGACAAUAGCUUCUGGUUCUGAGAACAAGAAUAUUAUUGGCAAUGCAACAGUUUCCUUUUCCCCAGAAGAGGAUCAUAAAUUGGUAAAGGAGGCCACUGAAAUUGCUUCAAUAAAUUUUAAGGAUCAGUUUACCCAUGUUGUUUCUCAAAUAGCUAAUGAGGAGGAAGAAUACCUUGCUGAACAGAAUAUCCAAAAGCAGCUUCAGCUGGAAUUGAUUGACAUUGAAAGGAAGGUGUAUCUGAUGGAUGUCAUAACGCGAGAAGCAAAAGCUUUAGAGAACUUGACAAGAUAUCCUAAUCAAAUUUGAAUAUGGAACUACAUAUUGAAGUGUCAUCAACUAAACGUUAAGUCCUGAUACUAUAGAAGUAUGAUGUGAAAGUGAAAAUGACAUGUGCAUGUUUUGCAAUAAAUCAUAUAUUAGCAUUUCUCUACGUGUGACUAACGCAUCUAAACACAGAUAGGAUUUUUUUUUUUUUUUUUGAACAUGAAAGACAGAUUGAGUUAGUGCUUCAGAUGUCAGCAAACUAUACUGCUUUCCUUACUAAUUAAUUCUCUGUUUCAUUAUCAGGAAAAUGACUGGAAAGAAAAAGAAAUUCUUGAAACUGGUAACUUUUAGAAGUUGAAAUCUUUUAUUUAUUUUUUACAUUGGCAUAGGCUUAAGAGUCAAGUAGAAUAUUCAUCUUUGGAUCUUUCCAAUGCUGGAAAUAUAGAUUUUAUAAAUCUAAAUACAAGCAAGGUUAGGCGAAGUAUAUUUGAAUAGUUAUGCUGGCUUUUAUAAUCUUUUUCAUUAACAUCUUCUGUGGAUGAAAACUAUUACUUGCAAAUACCUCCUUGACUGGAAACAAGCAGACUUCUGAACUGAACACGACGUGUGCUUCCUUCAGUGAAGAGUUGCAGAAGAGGUGUAUAUGUCCCAGUUGUCAAUCAGUUAAUGUGGAGAAAUUGGGUGGAAUUCUUCAAGCAAAUGAUGCAAAUUGAUCUGUUGUAAGUCUUUGACAUGCCAACAUUGCAACCAUGGUGUUGAUAUUUCUGAAUUUUACUUGCACACCAACUUUUGGACUAAACAUUUAUGAUAAAGUCAAGAUAAGGGAUGAAGGCAUAGUAUCUGCUAUUCGUUAGUGCACAAGGUGCGAAAGAUUAUGCCAUUUUUGAACUCAUUUUUACAUGACAAAAUUUCAUAUAUAACUAUUUCAGCUACUUAUUGACAAAAUCUGAGAAUGAUUGCAAUGUUCGAACCUUUAAUAUUCUCUUUCAAAAAUCUCUCAUUUUACUGAAUAAGAGGUUUGAUGUGUCGCAGUUCUUAUUCAAUUAUCAAUUCAUUAGGAACUUCUCUUUGCAUUUAUAGUAUUAUAAGCACUAGGUUACAUCUCUACAUCCAACUCAUAGCCAAUUCAUAUAACCAUGUCUGACAAAAAGUAAGAGAUGAAAGAAGAUUAAGAAAUAAUGAUGCCUCCUCAAAGCCGACCUAUAGUUAAACAAUUUAGCUGUAGGCCUGCCGAAUCUGCUUUAAUAAUUUGUAUCUACUUGCAUAUGUGUUGAAGAUGAUUCUGUAUCCUUUACAAUCAAAGAUAGUAAUG